AUGAACGUCCCCCGACCACCCCCGUCGAUGCGCUCUAGUUCCUCGUCACGAGCCCAUACUGGUCGCAUGUCGAUGAGCCAGGAAUUCGGAGACUUGGAGGACCUGCACCGAUUCCCGUUGGAAUCAUUACAUUCUUUUUCUUUCGCUCAGCAGUCCGAGGAAUUGCUGCACAGUCGGCAAAACAUUCUCAAACGUUCGAUCGACUUCAUGAGGGACCGCAUGGGAUGGGCUGCCAGUAGUUCUGCGAUCGCCCAUGCCCAGGCAAACAUGAGUGGUGACUCGGACAUCCAGAGUAUGAUGGACCUGCUGACCCGGGCCCAUGUUCUUGAUGAGGAAUCUGUCAACAACGGACGAGGCCCCAUUACUGGACCGGCGGAAGUGAAUGGCGACAACAUUUUCGAACGGGCCUUUUCGGACCACGGAUCAUCUCCCAGGGACCUUCACCUGGAACCUCUUGCAAGAUCACAGACCACAUCUGACAGCAGCCCCAAACUUAUAAGUCCCAUCGGCUCCAAUGACCGUAUCCCGGCAUCCAGGACGGACCUGAAAUCGGCACCGGCGUCCAGGCGCGUAAGCUUAAAACGUACAUACACGGACCUGAACUCUGUUUCCCUCAGAAGCAAGCUGAUGGAAACUCUAGCGCAACCAUAUUCUUCCACGGACCCCUUUGCCUCUCUCGCCUCCUCUGCCAAUGGAUUGGGAUGCCCGAUUCCGGCCCUGCAUACCCACAGCAGCAAAUGGACACCGGUUUCCCAGGCCGUCUUCCGCACCGAAGCCCAGGCACCAUGGACAAUAUUCGCGGCCAACGAUCUCUCCUGUCUUGUAUUCGGGGUCACACAGUCUGAGGUCCGUCGGCUCAGUAUCCUAGAGGUCGUACAGCAGGAGCACAGACAGUGGCUCGAGGCCAAGCUUCGAGAUCCCAGCACUGAUGCCGCUGCCCGCACACCACUUCAACCGGAACGGCCCAAUAUUCGGGCGGUAAACCCAAAGUUUCGUGGCCUGGGCAAUGGUGUGACUGCGCAAUUGCUUAAUAAACCGUCAUCGCGUGAGAAAUCCCGCCGGGCGCAAACUGAUGAUGGAUAUGGUUCUAGCACGCGAAAUCCGCGCAACGCUAAUCAUCCGGGCAACAAAUCCCGAGGGGUUUUGCUUUGUGGUGAUGUCGUACCCAUACAAAAGCGCAAUGGCGCUAAAGGGUCAGCUAGCGUGUGGGUGAUGGAGAAGCGCGGUGGCCUGAUCUGGGUGAUGGAGGAAAUUACGGAGAAUGCGGCCUCUGUUGAAUGCGAUGAGAGCUGGCAUGUUGUGAAUGUCAAUGGUGAUGUGGAAAAGAUCUGGGGCCCAUCCGUAGUUCGCAAGGGUCAGUCGAUUACCGAACUUUUACCCCGUCUACCAUCCGAGUCUCUCGCAACCACACCGGAGAAGGGACUGGCCCGGAUCGUGGAGCUGAAGCACUUCGCUGCAAACACAGCGGCGGGUGUGUGUAUUCCAGUGACUGUGGGCAAUGCCGAGGGUGCCCGCACUUUACAAGUGUCAAGUUUUCCUCACGUUGCUGGCAUGAUGGUUUUGUCAUCUGCGUCGCUAAAUGUGAUAAGUUCCAACUCCGUAUUUUCGUCUGCACUUUUCGGCCAAGACCGCCCCGAGGGGCGCCAUAUCACGGAGCUGAUACCCGGGUUUGAUGAGAUCUUGGAUGUGUUAACCGAGGAGGACAACGUGCCAUUGGUCGAUGGGAUCGUCAUCCCUGAACACAGUUUCCGCCGAGCGCGAACCCUGUCCAUUCUUCGGGAUGGGAAGGCCAAUGCGGCAUCUGUCUUCACCGAGCCCAGUGGGCUUUUGGCCAAGCACCGGGAUGGCUCCACCAUUGUUGUGGACGUUCAAUUGCGCGUGGUGAAAAGCGGCACUUUCUUCUCGAGAGAGCAGGCAGAGAAGCUGGUUGAAGAGCGAUCAAGUGAUUCAGAGGAUAGCGAUGAUACUAUCGCAGUCACAGAAUUGGUAUAUGCCUUAUGGGUUACCUAUUCGAGACAAAUUCAUGCUGCUGGCCCCGCAACAAAUCUGUCUUCUUCACUGCCAACUUCGAAACCGACUUCACCUGGCCCAGACUCAGCCACAUCUGACUGCAAUUCGACGCCUGCCUAUAACUCACAGACCCCUGACACCAAUCAGAUUUCCGUGGAAAUCAAAGCCCCCAGCUCCACCCUCAGCCAACAACUCAGCGAGGCUGCAUCUGAGCCGCUAACGGAUCGGCCCGCACAGGUUCAUGGGACGACUUCGGGUACUACCCGACAGGACAUUCCGCACAAGCGAAUAAUCACCGACUAUGUGGUUUUGGAGGAAAUGGGACAAGGCGCGUAUGGUCAGGUCAAAUUAGCACGUCUCAAGAAGGCACCCAUCGACCAGAAGACAGUUCUCAAAUUCGUCACCAAGAAGCGAAUCUUGGUUGAUACAUGGACUCGUGACCGACGGCUGGGAACGGUGCCUUUGGAGAUUCACGUCCUUGACUUCCUCCGCCGAGAUGGUUUCCGGCAUCCGAACAUUGUGGAAAUGUCAGGAUUCUUCGAGGACGACAUCAACUAUUAUAUUGAGAUGAUCCCGCAUGGUCUGCCAGGCAUGGAUUUGUUCGAUUACAUCGAGUUAAAGACCAACAUGGAGGAGUCCGAGUGUCGCAGUAUCUUCAAGCAGGUUGUCAGCGCCAUCCACCAUCUGCACACGAAAGCUCUGGUUGUGCAUCGCGACAUCAAAGACGAGAAUGUCAUUCUUGACGGAGAAGGCCGGAUCAAGUUGAUUGAUUUUGGCAGUGCUGCUUAUAUCAAGAACGGACCGUUUGAUGUGUUUGUCGGUACCAUCGAUUAUGCCGCUCCUGAGGUCCUCCAAGGCAAAUCAUACCGUGGCAAAGAACAGGACAUCUGGGCACUCGGAAUCCUACUCUACACAAUCGUCUAUAAAGAGAACCCAUUCUACAGCGUCGAUGAGAUCCUCGACCAUCCUCUUCGAAUUCCAUUCGUACCCUCCGAGGACUGCCUCGACCUGGUCCGCAAUAUGCUUGACCGCGAUGUGGAAAACCGCCUUACCAUCACUGAGGUGCUCGAACACCCCUGGAUGACAGAGGAGUGA